ACCCAAUAAUAAUACUCGUAUUAUUCCCAUACAACCGAGAAUUAAACUUAAAAUAUUCCAAUUUCCAAACCCUAAACCCCUAACUCUGCGCAUAAAUAUUCAGAGAUAAGAAAACAAUGUGUUCUUAUUCUACUGAGUAAAGCUAAGCUAACCCACUGAGCUUUCUCCACUUUCACAAGCUUUCUCCUUUACUUUCAUCGCCACCGUCAAUGGAAUCUCUCAUCCUAAAGCUCCACGAAAUCUCAGCCGUUAAAUUCGGUAACUUCAAGCUCAAAUCAGGCAUUUCUUCCCCAAUCUACAUAGACCUUCGUCUAAUCGUCUCAUACCCUUCUCUUCUUCGUCAAAUCUCUCAAACCCUAAUCUCCUCAAUCCCUUCCUCCACCAAAUACGACGUCGUCUGCGGUGUUCCCUACACAGCUCUUCCCAUCGCCACCUGCGUUUCAAUCUCCAAUGACAUCCCCAUGCUCAUGCGCCGCAAGGAGGUCAAGGAUUACGGCACCGCUAAAGCCAUCGAAGGACACUUCAAACCGGACCAAAUCUGCCUUAUCAUCGAAGAUCUCGUCACUAGCGGCGCCUCCGUUCUCGAAACCGCCGCGCCGUUAAGAUCCGUUGGGCUUACGGUUACUGAUGCUGUUGUUUUGAUUGAUCGGGAGCAAGGUGGGAGGGAGAAUCUCGAGCAGAAUGGGAUUCGACUUCAUGCGAUGAUUAAGCUUACUGAGAUGGUCAGGGUUUUGAGAGAGCAUGGGAAGGUUGGCGAGGAUAUGGAGGGUUUGGUGCUUAGGUUUUUGGAGGAGAAUCGGAGUGUGGCUGUGCCGAAGGUUGAGAAAUCGCCGGUUAGGGUCAAAGCUUUGGGAUUUGAGGAGAGGGCGAAAUUGGCUAAGAAUCCUACCGGGAAAAGACUGUUUCAGGUUAUGGCGGAGAAGAAGAGUAAUUUGUGUUUGGCCGCCGAUGUUGGUACCGCCGCUGAGUUGCUCGAGAUUGCUGAAAAGGUUGGACCUGAGAUUUGCUUAUUGAAAACCCAUGUGGAUAUACUGCCUGAUUUUACCCCAGAUUUCGGAUCUAAAAUUCGCUCGAUUGCAGAGAAACAUAACUUCUUAAUCUUCGAAGAUCGUAAAUUCGCUGACAUUGGCAACACAGUGACUAUGCAGUAUGAAGGCGGUAUCUUCCACAUAUUGGAUUGGGCAGAUAUUACUAAUGCCCACAUAAUCUCUGGUCCCGGGAUAGUUGAUGGACUCAAAUUGAAGGGAUUGCCUCGGGGUAGGGGUCUGUUGCUUCUUGCUGAAAUGAGCUCGGCUGGUAACCUUGCCAAGGGAGACUACACAGCAGCAGCAGUGAAGAUUGCAGAGGAGCAUUCAGACUUUGUGAUUGGGUUUAUUUCAGUAAAUCCUGCAUCAUGGCCGGGUGCCCCGAUAAAUCCAGUGUUUAUUCAGGCAACACCCGGAGUCCAGAUGGUAAAAGGCGGUGAUGAUCUUGGACAACAAUAUAACACUCCUCGCUCUGUAAUAUAUGAUAGAGGUAGUGACAUAAUAAUAGUGGGGCGUGGAAUUAUAAAGGCGGCAAACCCUGCUGAGGCAGCUCGUGAGUAUCGUCUCCAAGGAUGGGAUGCAUACUUGAAUAAAUGCAGCAGUUGAAGAAGAUAUAUAUAUAUAUAUAUAUAUUUAUAUAACUUCACUAUGUGAUUGUUGUCAUUAUUCUGAUUAGAGGCCUAUUCCCCAUCCUUUUGAGGUUUCAGUGCUUACUUUUCUUCUUUUCUCAUAACUUGAAACAGUUUCUGGUGUGUUGAAAAGGUGUUUUCCUUAAUAAAAAUGUUAAAGGUUGGUUUUGA